UUCCCGCCACAUCCAAACCCUAGAUAGACUGAAAAGAAGAAGGCCCAUUCUAUCCAGUAUCUCCUCUCCUCUCUCUCUCUGAUCUGUGAUUCCAUUGCAGAGACGCCGCAAAGAGAUGGACAUCAGCGAGGAGCUCAGGGCCGCCCACAAGCAAACCUUUCGCAAGUUCUUCGAUCAAGAUGAAUGGAAGGAUAUUUACACACACGAAAUAAAAAAUAUGAUGCACCACAAGCGCCGUCGACUCAUCCUCAACAUUUCCCAUUUCUUCGCCCACGAAGAAGGCCACUUGGCUCGCAGGCUGCUCCAGAAUCCAGGUGAGUACAUGCAAGCUCUAUGCGAUGCUGUGACUGAGUUUGCACAGAGCCUUGAUCCCAAAUACCUGAAGGAAGGAGAGCAGGUACUUGUUGGCUUUGAGGGGCCUUUUGUGUCGCGCCGCGUUACCCCAAGGGAUCUUCUCUCCAGCUUCAUUGGUUCCAUGGUCUGCGUCGAGGGAAUUGUCACCAAGUGUUCUCUUGUAAGGCCAAAGGUUGUCAAGAGUGUUCACUUCUGCCCUGAGACAAGCAAAUUCACUACUCGUGAAUAUCGAGAUAUUACUUCAAACAUGGGUUUGCCCACAGGGUCUGUGUAUCCAACUCGGGAUGAUGAAGGCCACUUGUUGGUGACUGAGUAUGGCUUGUGCAAGUACAAAGACCAUCAGACUUUAUCAAUGCAAGAAGUGCCUGAAAAUUCUGCUCCUGGCCAGCUUCCACGAACAGUAGAUGUCAUAGUUGAGGAUGACCUGGUGGAUUCUUGCAAACCUGGAGAUCGUGUGGCAAUUGUAGGGAUAUAUAAAGCUAUUCCUGGAAAAACCAAGGGCAGCAUGAAUGGGGUGUUCAGGACUGUGCUUAUAGCUAACAAUGUCUCACUGCUCAACAAGGAGGCAAAUGCACCAAUCUACACUCCUGAAGACAUCAACAAGAUUAAAAAGGUAUCUCUGAGAAAUGAUACAUAUGACCUGCUGGCUAACUCACUGGCACCAUCGAUACACGGGCAUUUAUGGAUAAAGAAAGCAGUGAUUUUGUUGUUGCUAGGUGGAACUGAAAAGAACUUAAAGAAUGGUACCCAUUUACGAGGAGACAUAAACAUGAUGAUGGUUGGUGAUCCUUCAGUCGCAAAGUCUCAACUUUUAAGAGCAAUCAUGAAUAUUGCUCCUCUAGCCAUAUCAACAACUGGUCGGGGUUCAUCUGGUGUUGGUUUGACUGCAGCAGUUACUUCUGAUCAAGAAACAGGAGAAAGAAGGUUAGAAGCUGGUGCUAUGGUUCUUGCUGAUCGAGGUGUCGUUUGUAUUGAUGAGUUUGAUAAGAUGAAUGAUCAAGAUCGCGUUGCUAUACAUGAAGUAAUGGAGCAGCAGACAGUAACAAUUGCCAAAGCUGGUAUCCAUGCAUCACUGAAUGCUCGAUGCAGUGUUAUAGCAGCUGCAAAUCCCAUCUAUGGAACUUAUGACCGGUCAUUAACUCCAACCAAGAAUAUUGGACUCCCAGAUUCUUUGCUUUCACGUUUUGAUCUAUUGUUUAUUGUACUGGAUCAAAUGGAUCCUGAUAUUGACCGCCAAAUUUCCGAACACGUUUUGCGUAUGCACCGUUUCCGUUCUCCAAUAGAUGGAGGUGCUGCUGAUGGGAGCUCAAGAUAUGGAAGAGAAGAAGAAGCUGAUGUAGGCUCAUCUAUUUAUGUAAAGUACAACCGGACGCUGCAUGGGAGCAGAAAUCGAAAGCAUGAUACCCUUACUAUCAAGUUUCUUAAGAAGUAUAUUCACUAUGCAAAACAUAGAAUUCAGCCAGAGCUGACUGAUGAGGCAUCUGAUUGCAUUGCAACUGCAUAUGCAGAACUUAGAGAUGCCAGUUCAAAUGCAAAGACUGGAGGAGGAACACUUCCAAUAACUGCUAGAACCUUAGAAACUAUAAUACGCUUGUCAACUGCGCAUGCCAAACUGAAGUUAAGCAGACAGGUUCUCAAGUCUGAUGUUGAGGCAGCUCUUAAAGUUUUAAACUUUGCUAUAUAUCACAAAGAGUUGACUGAAAUGGAUGAGCGUGAGCAAGAAAGGGAGAGGGAGUUGGAGAGAAAACGCAAAGCUGACCAUGAUGGUGGCAACAAUGAUAGAGGAAGUAGGAUGGAUGCCAUGGAAGUGGAUGAUCCUCCUGCAGCUCAAUCCAGUGCCAACAUAACCUCAGAAAGAAUUGAGGCAUUUAAUACUUUGUUUGGACAACAUGUGCGGGAAAACCACUUGGAUCGCAUAUCUAUUAAUGAUAUAGAAACUGCUGUAAAUAGCCGGUCAGCUGUACCUUACUCGCGGGCAGAGAUAAUGGCCCUAUUAGAGAAACUAGGGGACAGUAAAAUUAUGAUACAUGAGGAUACAGUUUACGUACUCUAAAAAAAAGUAUCAAGUGGGAGAUCCCCAAUCAGUGUUAAACGGUAAGCAUCUUUCCCUUCGAGCGUUACAUAAAAUUUCUUCUGGAGUUGCACUUACUGUGAGUGAUAUCUUCAACCUGAGAACUACCACUGUAAUUUGCUGAUAGUAUAUUGAAGCCGUCAGGGAAUGUCAUGGGAAUGUAUUUAUUGGAGUAUCACAGCAGCAACCUCUAGAUGGAUUAUGGCUGGCUUUCUUUAUCUGACUGUAAAUUGAGAAGAUUGAGGAUUGAAAUCUUAAGUUGUGUUUUAGUUUAAUCAAUCUUAACUCCCAAAGCGCUAGGUCUUGGCUCAAAGUAGGCCUUUUUGUGAUACCAUAUAUCCAUUUAAUUACUAUUGAAACUUGCCACAUCCCAGUUCUCUGUGCGUGUGUGAUUGGCAGGGGUGCAUUAACCUAAUAUUCUAAUCCAAAUUGCUAUUUUUACACGUAGUUCGUAUAUUGUACACUCAUCUUCAUUGCAUUGCAUGUUAUGAACUUAUUCCCUUGCAUUCUUGAUUCAAUGGAGUCUACAAUGCAGUGAAGCUGAGCAUAUAUUGAUA